GCAGUGUUGGGGCUUGACACUGUUGUACUUGUCAUUCAGACAUCCCAGGAAUUCAACAACACCAUAAGCAACCAGCUCGGAAUAACAAGGGCAUUUUAACUCACGAGCGGGCUCUAUGCCCCGAGAGAGACAAUGAUCUUAUAAUCUUUGUGUUAGAUCAUCUCGGAAAUCACUGAGAGGAGACAACUCGAAGGCUACGGACCAAUGAGACCCAAAAUGUUUCCCACAAACAACUACAGCGGCAACAGCCAACAAAUGCUGCAGGAAAUCCGAAACAGCCUUCGCAACAUGACAAAACCUUCUGACCCACCUAAAAUGGACAUGAGCUGUGCUGGGAAAAUGCUUUUGGAAGACUCGAGGCAGCAGGGUCGUUCCAGUAACCCUAAAAACGCACACCACAAGGCUCUACAGGAGAUCCGAAAGUCUCUGCAGCCCUUUGCUAAUGAACCCAGUCAUCCCUCAGAAAAACACAUGUCUAUGGAUCCACCGUGGGCCAGUUUUGAGGAGCCUUGUCACAGUCGCAGUAUGGGGGGUUUGGAUUACAUGAGUAAGGUGAGCUACCAAGAGUCAAUGAGGGAACAGAUGGCUGCUGCCAACUCCAGCGGCUCGAGCCUGAAAGCCUCAGGCUCAUCCCACCUUCAGCAGCCAGUCCUGAGGAGGCCUAGCUGGAAGGGGUCUCGAGAAUCCCUAACGCCCCGACACGGCCCACUGAUGGCAGACGGAUUGUACCGCUCCGACAGCCCUGGACCACCUUCUGCUUUUCCACAGGGCCACCCUGCUAACAACCAGAGAGUGAACCCCCCUGUCCCCCCUCAGGUGCGCAGCGUCACCCCUCCUCCCAACCGAGGUGGCAUGCCUCCUGCACCAUCCUGGGACAACCCAUCCACCAAACGUUACUCUGGCAACAUGGAUUAUCAUGUGCCACGCAUCUCGCCAGUGCCUCAGGGGGCGUGGCCUGAGAGCUACUCGUCCUCAGCUCCUCAAAAUCAAAGAGGCAGCCACCAGCCAAUCAUAAUGCAGAACACUGGCCCCAAUAAGUUUACCUUUCCUUCCUGGUCACAGAAUAACAACCCGCAGUCAGAUUACCAUUCAGGAAGCAGACAGCCACCACCACCUUAUCCCGUCAGCCAGUCCAGCCGCCACAGCCCCACAGACCAGACGGGAGGUCCAGCAUCGUCCCCGUCUUACGUCAACGGGGGUAAUCUUCCUCAGUCUAUGAUGGUACCCAAUAGGAACAGCCACAAUUUGGACUUAUAUGGAGUAGGCCAUCCCCAAACGUGGUCUCAGGCCCCGUCCAACCAGCUUCAGUCAUCGUCGGGGAGCAGCAGUAACCAGGACCUCUCUCCAUCAUGGCAGAACAUCCCGGUCCGCUCCAACUCCUUCACCAACCCUAAUCUGAAUGGUAGGGCACAUUCCUCCAACUCCCAGCCUUCCACCACAACCGUUACCGCCAUCACCCAAGCCCCCAUCCAGCAGCCCAUCAAAAGCAUGCCUGUACAAAAGCCAGAGCUCCACACUGCAGUUGCCCCCACCCACCCCCCUUGGGCACAACCGCCUCCUCCCUCUCAAGCAACACCUGCGUACCCCGAACCUACGCCGCCCAUACCGCAAAUAUCAGUAGUACAAGAAGCUCCGAGUUACCAAGGUCCACCCCCACCCUAUCCAAAACAUCUUCUACAGCAAACGGCCACCCCAAGUCCACCUGCCUAUGACCCGGCGGCAGGUAAAGCAAUUUCGGCUGAAGACGAGGGGAUUUCUGGAGACACACCAAGGGAUAAAGCGUCGGAAUAUGGGGAAAGCACAACAGAAAAGGAGAAAAAGCAGAUAACAACAUCGCCCGUUCCCUUAAGGCGCAAUAAGAAGGACGCAGAGAGGAGAGGCGAGUCCGGAAGAGUGGCACUGUACUCCCCACAAGCGUUUAAGUUCUUUAUGGAACAACACGUGGAGAAUAUCCUUAAGAACCACCAGAUGAGGAUCCGCCGCAGGAAGCAGCUGGAGAGUGAGAUGCAAAGGGUGGGAUUGUCCCCUGACGCCCAGGAACAAAUGCGAAUGAUGCUGUGCCAGAAAGAAUCCAACUAUAUCCGACUAAAACGCGCCAAGAUGGAGAAGUCCAUGUUCAAGAGGAUUAAGACCCUCGGCAUCGGCGCGUUUGGUAAGGUUUGUUUGGCCCGGAAAGAGGACACAGGCGCACUGUAUGCCAUGAAGACUCUCCGAAAGAAGGACGUGCUCUUACGAAACCAGGUGGCCCACGUCAAAGCAGAGAGGGACAUUCUGGCCGAAGCUGACAACGAAUGGGUUGUUCGUCUCUACUACUCCUUUCAGGAUAAGGAUAACCUGUACUUUGUUAUGGAGUACAUCCCAGGAGGAGAUAUGAUGAGUUUGCUGAUCCGACUGGGCAUCUUCAGAGAGGAGCUGGCCCAGUUUUACAUUGCAGAACUCACCUGUGCUGUCGAGAGUGUUCACAAAAUGGGUUUUAUUCACAGAGACAUUAAACCAGAUAAUAUCCUCAUAGACCGGGACGGACACAUCAAACUCACAGACUUUGGACUCUGCACUGGUUUUCGCUGGACACACGACUCCAAGUACUAUCAAAGUGGUGACCAUGUGAGGCAGGACAGCAUGGACUUCAGUAAAGAGUGGGAGGACCCCUCAAACUGUCGCUGCACUGACAGGUUAAAACCACUGGAGCGGAGGAAGGCUCGGCAGCACCAGAGAUGUCUAGCUCAUUCGUUAGUGGGGACACCCAACUACAUAGCUCCUGAAGUUUUGCUAAGAAUUGGAUACACUCAGCUGUGCGAUUGGUGGAGCGUUGGUGUCAUCUUGUAUGAGAUGGUUGUCGGGCAGCCUCCAUUCUUAGCUAACACACCUAUGGAAACGCAGCUCAAAGUGAUCAACUGGAAGAGUACACUGCACAUUCCGCCGGCUGCCAAACUCAGUCCUGAAGCUUCAGACCUCAUCAUUAAACUGUGCCGUGGACACGAGGACCGAUUAGGGAAGAACGGCACGGACGAAAUCAAAGACCACCCGUUUUUUAAAAGCAUUGACUUCUCGAGCGACCUUCGACAGCAGGGGGCACCGUAUGUCCCGACAAUAGCCCAUUCCACUGACACAUCUAAUUUUGAUGCAGUAGAUCCAGAUAAACUGUGGAGCAAUGACAGCGAUGAUGAGGACAACCAUAACGAUACUCUGAACGUCUGGUUUAGGAACGGAAAACACCCCGAACACGCGUUUUAUGAAUUUACUUUUAGAAGGUUCUUUGAUGACAAUGGCCACCCCUAUAGCUGCCCCAAACCAAUCCAGUAUGAGGAAGAUGAGGCCGAGGGAGAAGGGAGUGCGCAAGAGGUGGUCAGUGAAUCUGCUGCUCAGGGGCGGGACAUGGUCUAUGUGUAGUCUUGGAUUAUAAUGUACAUAGUCUAUUAUAGACUUUUAAGGAGGACGUAUUGAUGUAGGAAGAAAGGCAGCACUAAAUAUCGAGUAAAUAUCGAUGGGUAACAUUUUUAAACCCCUAAUGAAAAAUGUAGUCUUUGUAGAAGAUUUGUUUUGCAUUUUGUACCUGCCCUUUGCCCUAAAGAAUGUCCCCUGUGACUGGAUUGAAGUAGUUGUUUACAUUGUAAGCAUAGCCUGAAUUGUUUCCCCUUCAUAUCACAACCAUAUACUAAUGUGCUGUGUAAAUUGUUCUGCAUGUAUACAUUUGUUAGACACUUAAUUUAUUUAUUGUACAUUUUUACAAAAUCAUAGUGCUGUCGGGGUCUUUGUUGUAAACAUUUUUGAAUACUUGCCUUAAUUUAUAUUUUGAAUGUUUUAAUUGGGAUUUGAUUAUGUGGACAGAUUUUAAGAAACACUUUUCAUGAUUGCUGUGUAUUUUUUAUUCAUCUUCCACCAAAUAUAAAAGGGUAAUAAUCAGACUGGCAUUGUAAUAGUUGUAGAUGAUUAAGAUAGUUGUUUUUAUUUUUUUUAUUUAUACCUAAAUGUAUUUAUAAAUUAUGUUGUAAAGAGCUGUAAAUAUUUUCUUUAGGCUUGUUUUUUGUAGGGCAGGCCCUUGUUGGUAUCUACUGCUGCUGCCUUCUGCAAUUGAGAUGAGACACUAAACUAUUAUGGAGCACAUCUUCAACUGUCACCAUGUUAAUAGGUCACACUUUCUGACUUUUCUUUACUUUUUGGUUUCUGGUUUAGGAUUGUUAGGCCAUUAAAUAAAUGUCUAGACUGCAUUGGUGGAUUAAACCUGAACUACAAAAUCCUGUACGGAGUACCCAGUAGCAACCAAUAGUAACUGCACUGUACUGGCAGUGUAUUCAGAACAGGUUAGUAUAUCAUAAUUGGGUACACAAUUUUGGUUCUCAUGUCACUCUGUCUAGAUUUUUGUUUGUAAUUUGAUUCGCAGUCACAUUCCAUUUGAAUGCUUUUCUUUUCGACCAAAGCACUAAACAGGUGUCUUGUUCAAACACUUCUCUAUUCAAACAUGUUUCAGACACUUUUCUAAAAUAGGGAAUUCAGGCCAUGUUAUUUUUUCUUGGUAUAGAACAGUUGGCUAAAGGAUCUACAUUUUGAAUAGGCUGCUGGUAGGUUACUUUGUCUCCGCAUCACUAUUAUGAUGUAUUUUUAAUGUUUUAGAAAUCUCUAAAAUGUUGUACACUAAUGGAGACCACUGGCAUUGUGCACUGAUUUUCUGUUAUGAGAGAAUUUUAUUUUUGUGUACAUCUGGGAGGCUAAGACAGGGCAUCAAGGGGGAAAUAAAGAUAAUGAAUGUUAAGAACU